AACCGAAACUUGCCGGAAUUCCCAAAGAACCAUCAGCCGGACUUUUGGGUGCUUCCUUGUGGGAGAGUGACAUAAGACACUCGCAUAAAGGACACUGGCUCUUCCACCCAUUCUUGCCUUCUCAGCUUCCACAAUGGACGAUGAAUUUUAUAUACAUAUCAUGACUUAUUUAAAUUUCUUUUUUAAUUAAUUUCACACGUCCAAUCCACAUUAUUGCCUUCCUCCUCCUCCUCCACAACCCUCUUCCAUGCUCUUUCCUCUCUUCUCCGCCCCUAAUCACCACUCUCAUGGCCACUCACGAUCUCCAGAACCAUACCCUUAACGGCGACCACUGUGAUCACAACAUACCCAUCUCCAAAAGGCCCAAACUUUCUUCCCCUUCCACCACCAUCACCAACGCCACUAUCAUCUCAAACUCGCAAAUUCAAUCCGAAUUCUCCCAUCACGUCGCAUCCGUCGCCCGCAUCAACAACGGCAGCUUUGGCAGCUGUCCUCAAUCUGUCAUCUCCGCCCAGAAGCAGUGGCAGCUCCAAUUCCUCCGGCAGCCUGACCACUUUUACUUCAACCAGCUAAAGCCCGGUAUCCUCCACUCCCGGUCCAUCGUCAAAUCUUUAAUUAAUGCUGACCACAUCGACGAGGUCUCCCUCGUCGACAACGCCACGACCGCUGCCGCUAUAGUCUUGCAGAAAGCGGCGCGGUCUUUCUCCGAAGGCAGAUUCGAGAAAGGAGAUGUUGCUGUAAUGCUUCAUUAUGCCUACGGGUCAGUGAAAAAGUCCGUUGAAGCUUACGUCACCCGCGCUGGUGGACGUGUGAUCGAAGUUCAGUUGCCGUUUCCGGUGAAAUCUAAGGAGGAAAUUAUUACCGAAUUCCGGAAAGCCUUGGAGAGAGGAAGAGAUAAUAGGAAGAAAGUGAGGCUUGCAGUGAUUGACCAUGUGACUUCCAUGCCUAGUGUGGUGAUUCCUGUUAAAGAACUGGUUAAAAUUUGCAGAGAGGAAAAUGUAGACCAGGUGUUUGUUGAUGCAGCUCAUGGAAUUGGGUGUGUUGAUGUUGAUAUGAAAGAAAUUGGAGCUGAUUUCUAUACCAGUAAUUUGCACAAAUGGUUCUUUUGCCCCCCUUCUGUUGCCUUCCUGUAUUCAAGAAAAUCUAAUGAUAGAGAUGAUGAUGAUUUGCAUCACCCUGUAGUAUCCCACGAGUAUGGCAAUGGAUUGGCUGUAGAAAGUUCAUGGGUUGGAAACAGGGACUACACUGCUCAAUUAGUAGUUCCUUCAGUUUUGGAAUUCAUCGAUAGAUUUCCAGGUGGGAUUGAUGGAAUCAAGAAGAGGAACCAUGAGGCUGUGGUGGAGAUGGGGGAGAUGCUGGUCAAGGAAUGGGGGACUCAUCUUGGUUGCCCGCCGGAGAUGUGUGGGAGCAUGAUCAUGGUUGGAUUACCUAUUUGUUUGAGGAUUUGCAAUGAAUCAGAUGCUUUGAAGUUAAGAACUCAUUUGAGGAAUGAGUUUGGGGUUGAAGUCCCAAUCUAUUUUAGGGCUCCAAAGGAUGGAGAGGUUGAUCCUGUUACUGGGUAUGCUCGGAUUUCUCAUCAAGUCUACAACAAGGUUGAUGAUUACUACAAAUUGAGGGAUGCCAUUAACAAAAUUGUUAGUGAUGGUACCAUUUGUGAAUGUCUCCCUAAUUGAAGAAUUGUUAUGCCUUUGUUGCAAUCAUAUGAUGGUUUGUAGCUGUUUGAUCAUGAAUUUCAGUUUGUUUGUUUUCUUUUUC